CAUAAAAAUACAUCGACCUAACUCUCAGCAUGAAUGGCUUUCGUGCCCCCAGCGGUCGACAGGAGUUACUAAAAGUCAGAAAAGGGGACAGUCCGAAGAGGCUCGGGAAAACACACGCUACUGUACACAAACAAUAAUGCUCGUUUAUGUAUAUCUACUGUCACAUUUAUCAGUGGUUAGGGCAGGUGCUCACUCACUGAUGGCCUUCGCCACCUAUAUAAUCGGACAGACACCGUUUCCAGAGUUCAGUGCCGUGGUGAUGCUGGACGAUCUUCAAGUGAUGUAUUACGACUCCAUCACACGGAAAGCUGUCCAUCGCUCCAAUGAAGACUCACAAAACUACGACGAAGAGAAAAGUGAUGCUGGUGUCAUAUUUCGUGAUAUGUACAACGACAUGAAAGAUCGAGCCUUUCAUCUUAAGGAGCAGCUAAAUCACACAGACGGUGUGCAUGUUCACCAGAGACUUGCCGGGUGUGAAUUACUGAAUGAUGAUAAACCAGGUCCACUUCAGACGUGGGAUGCUUUUGAUCAAAAAAAUAAAGAGGAGUUCAUUUUCAACGAGGAGAAAAAUCAUUUCCAGAUUGAACUGCCAUGGAUUACGUGGGACAAUUUACAGUUUGCUCAUAUGAAAUUUUUGUACAAAAAUGUAUAUCAUCCUGUUUGCAUUAAAGUUUUGCAGAGUUACCUGCAAAUGAAAAAGAACAACGUGAUGAGAAAAGUUAAACCCAGAGUCAGGCUCAUGAAGAAGACGCUCUCAGACUCUGGUGGUCUUCAGAUCAGCUGUCUGGCCACUGGUUUUUACCCGCGUCACAUUAACCUGACCCUGUUCAGAGACGGUCAGCCUGUGGAUGAUGAUCAGAUCACAGGAGGAGAGAUUCUGCCCAACGGAGACGGGACUUACCAGAUGAGGAAGACUUUGGUGAUCGCUGAAGAAGAGCUACGUGAGGAACAUAAAUACAACUGUUCAAUGAAGCGCCUCAGUCUGGACAACAAACUGGAUAUUACUUUUGUUUCAGAUGUGGCUGAAUCUGACCCAGGAUCAUCCACUCAGUCUGUAGUGUUCAGUGUGCUGGCGUUCAUGUUUGUGGCUGUUCUCAUCAUAACUGCUCUCAUCGUAUGGAGGAAGAGACGAGCUGCUGGACAAGGCUCUGAAGUGUUAAAGUGUCAAUACUCCUCUCCCUCAUCUCCCAUGCAAGAUGAAACAUGAAAAUGUCGGUUAUUUGCAAAACCUUAAUUCACUUGGAUGCCAUUUAGAUUUGACAAGGCCAUUACAUUUCAACAAGAGGAGAAGGUGUUCCUGGACACAUUCACAGAGUAUGAAAAUAUGGGCCAAAUUGUUCAACAUUUCAUCUUUAACUAAUCCUGAUUUUUAUGAGACUGAUUGCAGCCCUGGAAGAGAUGCAGACCAUUUCCCAGAGACAGGGACAAUGCUGGUCCAAAUUACAAAGUAUAUUACUCACAGUAUUUUGUCCUCUAUAAAAUUGAUCACCUCAUCUGAAUGGAGGACUUUUAUUGAAGUCUCUGGUGAGACAUUUGCAAAAAGGACAAACUGUAUUCUAUCAUGAAGAAUAUCUGUUGUACAUUUCUAUACAUCAAGGUGUAGAUGACUUGGAAAAUAAUUGUCUUGAAUGUUUUUUUUUAUAUGAUUUGCAUGGUAAUAUGCAUAACAAUGUUAAUGUAUUUGUGUGUUAAAGCAUAGAUCUGCUGUGCUGCUGCUGUGAGACUUGCUAUUGCCAAUACAUUUGUUAUCCAUGUAAGAAAUAUUGCUGUAUAUCGCCAAGACAUAUGUACUGCUGCUGCUUUUUAAGAGCAUGUGACUGCAUGUAUUCAUUUAUUAUACAUGUGCCUAUGUUACUACGCCAACCAGUAUAACAGUAGAGGCCACAUGACUGUGUGAGCCUGUGCUAUCUCUAAUCAGAGGAACAAGGUUUAUAAUGUUCUCAAGAAAAAUACUUAUUUUAUUUAAUUCAGUCAUUCAUUCAUUCAUUUAUUUAUGUUGGGGGCAGUAGAAAAGACUUUAGUCCCUGCAUAGCGGUUGCUACACCCUUCCGUCUGCCCUGGUUGCAUAUUAUAUUAUUUAUUUGUUUGUUUUAUUUUUAAUGCAUAAAUUGAUGAUAGGGUAUCAAAUGUUGAUUCUUCAAAAUACACCGCGAAGGGACAGUAAUUAAACGAAGCUGUUUCCUCACCGAAACCUACCUAUUGAAAUCUAUUUAAAAUAAAUGUUUUCAACCUCUAAGCAGCUCUUGUUAUGAACAGCACCUCUGUGGCUCUCUCCGACCACCACCGGAGGGAGCCCUCACCCGAGUACUGAUCGCUCUAGGACUCCAUUUCCCAUAAU